AAAUCUCAAGUCAACUGAUCCAUUUAAAAAGUAGCACCACGCGGCGCGCGUGGCAGAUCUCAAAUUCCCAAUACUCCAGCUGUGCUCCGCCCUUCUGAAAUCUGAAUCAUACGAGCUUGUUCAUCUUUCACGUUGUCUAAGAUGAGCAAGCCACUGUUCACCGUCUCGAUCCUGCUCCUCCUCGCCAACCUGGGAUGGACAUGGGCAGUCCCCGCCUCCCCGGCACUCUCCUCCGGCCGGCGGCGGCCUUACCGCUCCAUUUUCAGCUUCGGCAACUCCUACACCGACACGGGCAACAACCCCAUCGUCUUCGCUGAGAACGACCUCUUCGACCCAGUCAAUCGCCCUCCCUACGGCUCCGAAUUCUUCCGUCGUCCCACCGGCCGUUGCUCCAACGGCCGCCUCAUCAUCGACUUCAUCGCUCAGCGCCUGGCCCUGCCGCUUGUCCGGCCUUACAACCCGACGCUCGCGCACAAUGGGAGCUUCCGCCAAGGAGCCAACUUCGCCGUCAUGGCCGCCACCACUCUCGACGCCGCUCGCUUCCAUGACGGCUCCAAUCCUGGCAACAAGUAUCCUCUCAACACCAGCUUGGGCGUGCAGCUGGAGUGGUUCGAGUCGCUCAAGCCUUCGCUCUGUGCAACAACACAAGGGUGCGAGAAAUUCUUCGGCAGAUCACUCUUCAUUUUGGGAGAAUUCGGGGUCAAUGACUACCACUUAUCAUUCGAGAACAAGAGCAUGAACGAGAUCACCUCUCUCGUUCCAGAAGUGAUUGGUGCCAUCUCCAUUGCCAUCGAGAGGCUGAUCACACAUGGGGCAAAGAGUUUCCUGGUUCCCGGGACGAUCCCGUCCGGAUGCGUGCCACAGAUUCUCCACUACUUGGCAAAGGACGACCCGGCAGAAUACAACUCCACCACCGGUUGCCUGAAUGUUUACAACAAGCUAGGGAUGGACCACAACCAGCUGCUGCAAGAGGCCCUGGAGAAGCUCCGGGACAGGUACCCCGGCGUCACGAUCAUCUACGGAGAUCUCUUCAGCCCCAUGAUGGAGAUGGUCGAGUCGCCUGCCAAGUUUGGGUUCGUAAAGGAUGUUCUUACCAUGUGUUGUGGAAAGCCUGGUACAUUUCUUUGCGGCGAUGAUGGGGCAAACCUAUGCGAGGAACCCGCUGCCCGCCUGUUCUGGGACGACAUCCACCUGACAGAGACAGCUUACCACUACAUCGCCAACCGGUGGCUGCGCAGCAUGUACUCCACUGCAACAGAGAGCAGCUAGUAGAAGCUGAUUGGCCGAGCUACCCGUCAAUGCAAGGAAGCUUUGACAUCACUUUGUCCUUUUAGCUCCCUAUCUAUUAUCGUUUGCCUUUAAUUAUCAUGCAAACUGGUAUUUAGCCGGUGAAGUCAUUUAUUUGUAAUUCUAGGGCUAUGUGCACAAGCAUAGGUUAUGAGAUAGUCUUUGUAUUCUGCUGCAUCAGCUUGGUGAAGUUACGGAUAAAUAAAACUUAUCCAAUAUCUACAAACUCA